AUGGAAUCCGUGGAGUAGCAGGGCAUCUGUAGUUGGAGCACCCUUCACUCACCACCACGUGGGAAUCACUGUAAUAAGCAAGCAACAAACGCCUUACGCGAUGCCGCCGAAUCAGAAUCCCAUGUCCAGGGAUAUUUUCAUUCGUCCCGAUGUCUCGAUAUUCGUAAAUAACCCCGACCAAACAGCUGCAUCGAUUCGGAGCCAAUUUCUGUCGUUUUCCCGCGCGCGCGCUCCGCCCUACUACUUAUUCCGAAGUCGUUUUUAUUUUACACAUUGAUCACUGACUGGCUAUUUGUCGUAGUUGUACCUACGGAUAAUGGUAGGGCAGGGUAACGCCAGUAAAGUGUGUCGUCGUUGGCCGCCAGUCGAUUUGGACAUGAGUCGUUGCAUUGGGGCGAGCGCGAUCGCCACUGACUGCUGCUCCCUCGACGGCGGCGGUGGCGUUACUUCUGCUUCGGCUGCGGCGACGGUGCCAGUAGUACGAUCGACUGCAGCCAGUCGAAAUCCCGGAAAAUGGAAGAAAAUACCUUCAGCAGGAUCGGCGGUAAAUACGUGUUCAUCUGCAGGACCUUGUCCAUUUUCGGGGCCAUCUACUACUUCAACCAGCUGAUCGAACGAAAACCCAUCUGUGUGGACUUGUCGUGUGCCGGCAGUACGAAAAAUGUCAUCACUCUGACAAUAAACAUGAUCCUUUGCAUACUGUCGUCGCUGCUGGUGGGAUUCGUUAAGACUAGCUUGAGUGAGGUGAGUAUAAGAAAGGCCAAACUUUCCUACAUCCGGACCUACCGGGUGUUUAUGCUCAUCCGAAACCUCAUACUGUUGGUGCUGUGGACGUUCGAAAUCCUGAUUCGAAAACCGGCGAAGAGCAAGCUCGAGGAGGAAGACAAAAAGUUCGCCGAGUACAUGGCGCUGACGUUGUUUGUCAGCAUUCUCGUUAUUACUGGUAUUGAGUUGCUGAUACUUCGCGGAGUUCAGUGCUUGACGGAGCAGAAGAUAGCCGAGGAGAGAAGUUGUCUGGGGGCGUGACACAGUGCUGAAAGUUGAUGUAUUUAUUUGCAGUUAUUUUUUGUAGACACGAUCGUUUGUUAUACUGUGUGAACCAGUGCUAUUGGUAAAAUCAAAUGUAAAAGGUGUGAAACGUUGAAAUCCAAUCGUGGAGAGCAAACAAGAAUUUUGAAAGCAUUGGAAACUCGAUUGAAACGAUUUAGUGACAAAAUAUUUCAGUUAUGCGAAGGUAAUACACGUCAAAAAAUCAAUCCAAUUUAAAUAAUUCAGUAUUGACUUGCAAUACUGAAACUGAUCAAGGUGCUUAGUCGCAAAUGUGCAAAUAACGUCGCGAUGUGUCGUGCAGUGCCUGUGACUGAAUUUUGUUUCAACUAGUUUAGUGGAGAUUUCUACGUGUAAAACGAUAUCCUUAGGAAAGAGUGCAAUCGAAACCAUUGCGUAGUUGCCUUUGUAAGAUAAUCCGUUUACAAUUAAAGAGGACUUUUUAUCAAAUUGUGUAUAAUCUC